AUCCUCAUGCCUCGACUUUUAUAUCCUUAUUUUAAACUUCGUAUUUACUCUUUUUCAUCCCGUCAUGAACAAUCAGUGCAGGAAAGCUGUCAACUCUGCUGUCCUCAUCAAUUGCCUCCGGGAACGGCUGCGAGUCUCCUUCAAUCCCCCCUUCAGACACACCUUCGACCUCUACAGCCUAUCCGAGGACUAUACCUCCUGGAGCCACCAAGCCGAGCAACUCGGCACCGCGAUGGUCUCCGUCAUGAGAGCAUACAGCAACAACAACGCCGAUAGCCGCAUCAUCCUCAUCUGCGGCAACGUCGAAACCCCUAGCAGCCUGCCCCCACUCACACAUGCCACCAAACAACUCAUUCUGCGACCCCAAAUGAUCACCGAACUCGAGCCAAUGAUAUGGGCCUUUUGCUCGAAAUACUUCUACAAUGAAAGUCACGAAGGCCCAGACGCGGUGCUGAAAACACUGAUUCUGCAGCUCUGCGAUAAGGGAUUUCUUGCUUCAGACGACUUUAAUUUCACGAUGCCAGCUUCUGACUUUAAAUUUGCAAUUCUCUUGUUGCGUGACAUGCUCUCACCGGACCAGGAGAAGUUGGGGAAUAAUGCGGAUGAUACGUGGAUUAUCAUUGAUUAUCCGUCCUUUUUCAAUAUUCGGCCGGAUUGGAGGCGUAAGAUGGAGGACGUUCUGACAAUGUUGGCGAUGGCGGUUAGGUUAAAUCCGGGGCUGAGAUUGGUCGUGACUCAUCCGGGUAGGUUGGAUCCGAAUAUUCAUAUUGCUUUGGGACCUUUUCGCGUUUUUAUCAAUACUAUCGUUAGGCACGGCAAUCAGCAUUUCUGGCGCGAAUUUGGAUUCAAGAUUGUCUCGUCAGAUCUAAGAUCCAAUGGAUAUAUAUUGCAUAUAAUAGCCUGUUUUGUAUCACUUUUCUAUUCAUAUUCCUAUAGUAAAUCGCUCUUUUGCGCUAUGCCUUCUGCGAAAUCAAGCAUAGUUGAAGUGAUUCCGUCUGCCUAGUAAGCCGUACAGUAAAUUAAACAUCACAAACAACCUUGGAGAAGAUGCAAUCUUCUAUAGAAAUAUCAAUUCUGAAUCAUCGAAAGUAUAGAAUGG